AUGGACAUUAAAAAAAGAAUCCACAAACGACGUCAAAGAGUAAAAAAAGAAAUGUUUCUAGUUUCUAUGACACAUGGAAUUAUUGAAGAUGAAAUUAAAAGAUUAAAAUUAAUUUCAACUGAAAAAGAUCAUGCCUUACUUUUAAGCGAAAAAUAACUAAAACAAGAUCAUGAGAAUUUUUAAAAAUAUUUGGAAUAAAAUAAAUAAGCUAAAUUAGAAGCUGAAUAAAAAGCUAAUAAUGUAAUGAAAGAAAAAAAAUCUAAAGAGUCUGAUAUCAAAUAAAUUAAUGUACGUUUAGGAACUCUUAGACAGGAAAAAUAAUAAAAAGAUGAUUAUGUAGCAAUGUGCACUUAGCAUAAAGAAUUUCUGGAAAAAUUAACACCUAAAGAAUGGCUUGAAAAAAAAGAAAAAGAUAAAUUAAUAUAUAUUGAGAAAAAAAAAAAAGAAUGGAUAGCAAAAUAAUAAAAAAAAAGUAUUGAGUCUGAUGAUUAAAAUGAAAAAGAAUCUAAAGUUGCUGGAGGAGUUAAAAAAAAUAGUAAAAAUAUUUAAAUAAAUGAUAGUAAAGAUAAACAUAAUUUAGAACAUAUAUUUUCUUCAUAAUUUGAAAAUGAUUAUAAAUUAGAUUUUGAGUUAAAUUAUGAAAUGUAUUUCAAAUAACCGAAUUAAUUAGUUGAUUAUUUUGAUGAUUUAGAAAGAAAAAAUAUAUUUUAAAUACAAAAUUUUUAAGAAGAUUAGUCUGCAUUUGAUGAAUUUAAACAAUAAUUUGAAAGAGAAAAAGAUUUUUUAAAUCAAAAAGCUUUAGUUUUAAAAUAAAAUAAAAUAAAUUUGCAAAAACAAGUUGAUGAAUAAUUAAUUUAAAUAAAAGAAUUGCUAGCUAGAAGUGAAGAUAAUAAAGUAACUAUUAAUAACGAUCGACCUGAAUUAAGAAAAAAUAUAAUGGAUUUAUAUUAAGAGUUUAACUCAGAAAUUAACUUGCAUGACGUUGAAUCUAAAUCAACCCUUGAUAUACUAGCUUAAUAUAAAUAUAUACUAUAUUGUAUUGUCUUUGAUAUAAUUAAAUUUUAAUUAAAGAAAAAAAAAGCUGAAAAAGAUAGAAAAUUUACUUAAAAAGAAUAAAAAUAAAAAGAACAAUAAGAAGACGAAAAAAAAAAAGUUUUAAAGAAUAAAUAAAAAAUAACAUAACCAACUAGGAAAAAAGAAGGAAGAAUAGAUAUGACGAAAAGUGCUCCAUUAACAAAAUAAAAGAAAAAGGAAGUUAAAUAAGUCAAUAACGAAGAAGAAGAAGAUAAGAAAUAUUUUCUGGAAAAAUAUUAAUUUAUAUGA